UUUUGCUCAGGCAGGAUGACUUGAAAGAAACCAUUAAUCAUCUAGAUAUAGACAGAAAAAAAGCCGUCUCAUAUCCGUAACAAGCGUUCUGCAGACUGUUUUGUCAUAUCCCAUGGAACCUGGAAUACAUAAAGCCAAACUAAUUUAAUAUCUCUGUAUACUGAAGUUAAUGCUUAAUUCAUUCGAAUCUGAUAAUAUUUUUAUUUUUGUGUGUUAAAGCUUUAUAAUAUAUUAACAUUGAGUACAGAAAACCAAAUACUCAGUACUAUCUGAUAACAGCGAUAAUGUCUCAUGAAUUCUUAGUUUUGAAGCCAGGGAAUUUCUGCAUAUGGAAACAUUAAGUUUAUUAAAAGGACGUUAAUAAAUAAGAAUGAUGCAUGUAAUUUAAAAGUUGAGCUAAUUACAGUGACUAAAACACCUCUCAGUUUGUUUUCCAGCACAAAGGCUGACUCCCUGGUUGCCUAGUGACAGGGAGAGAAUAACCCUAACCCUGACCUUUGACAGCAUUAUCAUAUCCCAUGCUCAGACCACAAUGUUCUUUGUGUCGCUCUACAAACAGUUGUCUCCCUUAGAACAAGGAGGUUCUCUCUCUGUGUUGGUAGAUAGUUAACCGUAAAAAAAACCGUAGAUUGUCACGCGAUGCUCUAGUAAUAGUCGCUCUUACUGGUUACUGGUGUACGCUACGUGUCGAUCAUGUGGUAAUUGUAAAUGGCUCGUAAAAUCGCUCAAAUCAGGAGGGAAGUAUUUGCCAGCGUGUAGGUAUUACAUGGGACAGACGGACCUGUGUGGACACAGCAAGUACAGCCUGUUGGCUACCAGAGAUAUUAGCGACGUUUUUUCUGUAAAAUAAAUCGUGAUUUUUGUGCGUUUCAUCACACGUUGUUGAGCCCUUUGUCCGGGAAGUUCACGGGUUGUGGUUCGUGAUCCUCGUAGUGCAAUAUGACCCCUGACAUGUGAGCGUUGUACCUUUUGUCCCGCUGCAAGACUAUGUUGACAUUGAUACCACGAGUUAAACCCGGUCACCCAAGGGCCCAGUUCCCCGGGGCCAAUGUCAAAAAACUCAGGAACAUUCCAACACAGUGUCUGUGACACGAAGCCUUACUCACAGGUUAUAAGGAUUUUUGUACAAGAGACAGUUUUUUUUUCUCUAAAAGUCAAGUAUCACGUCAACACUUGUUGAAGUAACGAGCUUCGACUCAUGCAAAUAAAAAUGGCGAAAUUUAGGUGGCUCAUGCUGGCGAUCCUGUCGCUUCUCGUUCUUGGUGGUCUAAUAGUCAACUUCGCACGCUGGUCUUUUGUCUUGACGCCAUUCAUGACGGCCACAAACAUUAUUCCGGAACCGGAAGUAAUUGAGCCCUUACAGGUCUACUGCAAAGACGUCCUGAAGUUGAUGGUCUAUGGACAAUGGGAAACUCGAAAUCUUUCCGCUGCUGAAUCCAACGAAAUGAAACUUUUCAACGAUAAGGUUCGAAAAGAGAAGAAAAUCCCAACCAAUCUUCAGCGUCCUGACAAACUCUGUGGUAAUGUCACCUUCCCAAACGUUGUGUACCGAGCUCUGUGUGACCCUAACGGCGACACCCCUUGCUGCUACAACAACGUCUGCACCAACAAAACACAACAUCAGUGCACCUGCGCCAACUGUUAUGAUACGCGACGACCCAUCGAUGCUGAGUACGCCACCUGGCGCCCAUCAGACCCCACCUGUCAGCUCCGACACCUGUCUCACAACGAGAUUUGUGAGUUGCUAGAUGGCGCCACUCUCUAUUUCAUCGGGGACUCGUUCGUAAGACACGUCUUCACGGCCUUCCUACUGGCAGCCAGGAACAACGAAACCCACGGAGCGAUGGGUCCUCGCACGCCUCCAGAACUUCAAACAUCAUGUGCCGGCCUCUAUAUGUUCACGGAAAAAGUCUGCCGUCUUCAUGUGGAUUCAGACACCACCGUGUGCAAUGAAAGAGUCAAAGUCAAGUUGGUGGACGACUACAGACUUGACUCUGUCGCUGCCGCCGUCCAUACCGCCAUCAUCAACCUCAGCAACGUCAGCCGCAGUAUCGUCUUCAUGUCCUUUGGGAUUCACGAUCACUUUGAAGUGGAGAAGGUCCGCCAAAAGCUCCUGCUGUCCCUUUUACACAAAAUGAACUCGUCCAGUAGUAGUAACCCUAAACUUGUUUGGCUAGCUUACCACUCAUCAGGCUUGCUUACCUCACCUCAUCAUUACCCUUGGCAGACACCUGAAAAUACCUUGCGAUACAACCACGUGAUCAGUGAGUUCCUUAGCGCGUGGCACGUGCCUGUGUUUGACAGUUUCAACCUGACGGACGGUACGGCCAGCUUCGAUGGCGGUCACUACGGACUUGGGAUAAACAGAGUCAAAGUUCAGAUACUUUUGAACUACAUUUUAGAAUUACGGGAGAAAAAGCUGUGGUAGAAAGCAUUUGUGGAGACAGCCACACGUGUCCAUGGUGAUACAGUGCUACAUCACUGCUUGCCAUGAAAUGAAUUUAAACUUCAGGUGUGGGGAAUAUUUUAUGGGUGAAUUUUUUUUUCUAUUACCUAACCAGAUAGCUUCUGUUUUUUCAAAAUCCCAUCCCAUGGGACGUUUCCCAUGGGAUUCCCAUGGUAAUAACAUUCCUAUGGACAAUACAGAUAAUUCGUAGCCCUCCAUAAAUAUUUGUGUGGCAUCUGCAAACUGUAAUAUUUUGUGUUCUUUUUCAUUUAUUCUAAUACCUUUUAUGCUAACAUUCUUCCUUACCAUUACUGCUAGGACUUUUGUUUUUUACCUGCACUUAUGUCUUUGAUGAAGGAAAUUUUGCUCUACCACUAAUCAUUUAGAUAUAGACAGAAAAAAGCCGUGUUAUAUCCGUAACGAGCGCUAUGCGGACUGUUUUGUCAUAUCCCAUGGAACCUGGAAUACAUAAAGCCAAAUGAAUAUAA